AGAUUGUAUGAGAGAAACGCGCAUACUGCGGAGUUCAGGCGAGGAGAGGGAUGACAGUCAAAGAACUGAGAGAAGAACAGUGAAACACAACGCGCAGUUAACCGAAUUUAGCGGCUGCCCGUACCAGUGACAGCGACCGACACGGUCGUUCCGAUAGAUAGGAAAUUGUGGAUUUUACUGUACGUUUCGAGCUGGAGAAAUUUGGACUGGGUUUGACCAUGCUAACGACACGUUCUUUUCAAACCGGGGCUCUCAGUGCCAUCCUUGCGAUUGGGACAUUGUGGGGAUUCAGCUUUGCAGGUGAAACACUUGAUACUCCUCAGCCCUCUGCACCACCGUCUUCACCACCUCCACCCACAGAAGGAGUUCCGGUGCAGAGUGGGAGGGGGGCUCCCUCUAGAGGCCAGGGCAUCCUGGGAUCUGUCCUGGCUCAGGGGGACCACCUUCUCUCCCAGAAGGGGUCUGUGUUCCCCACAGCCCUGCCCGCGGACCUGCUGCCCAUCCUGGGCAAGGGGCUGGGGACAGGAGUCCUCUCCCCAGAGCAGGAGAUCCGGAAAAGACUGCUUCCGCCGCACAACAGCAGCCCCUUCCCCACCUCCUCCCCAGCCCCCAACAACCCUCCCGAACCACAACCCCCUUCACGUCCACUGUCAUCAAAGACGGACCCCCCAACACCCCCGCCGUUGGAUGAUGGCCCUUCUCUCACAAUUGCUCCAGCUACCACUGUAGAGAUGGACACAGUUUCAGCUGCGUCACGCUGCAUGGUCAAUUUCUCUGAUCCAGAAGGCUAUAUCGAUUCCUCAGAUGACCCUCCUCUGCCAGAGGGUGCUUUCCUGCAGUGCAUUUACACGGUCACUGUCUACACAGGCUAUGGAGUAGAGCUGCAGGUGAAGAAUGUCAAUCUGUCGGAGGGGGAGCAGCUGUCCAUCAGGGGUGUGGAUGAGGGUGGGGCUCUGCUGGUGCUGGCCAAUGAGACGCUGCUGGUGGAGGGUCAGGUGAUCCGCAGCCCGACCAAUACCAUCUCGGUGUUCUUCCGGUCCUUUGUAGAGGGCGGGAUGGGGACGUUCCAGCUUCACUACCAGAUCUUUCGCCUCAGCUGUGCCCUGCCCCGGAGGCCGCAUUUUGGGGAGGUGUCUGUCCUGGACUUGCACCCCGGCGGGACGGCUCGCUUCCACUGCCACAUGGGCUACCACCUGCAGGGGGCGCCGGAGCUCAUUUGCCUCAAUGCCUCCCUGCCCACCUGGAGCGGCCGGGAGCCCAUCUGCAAGGCUCUUUGUGGAGGGUCGGUGAAGAACGCCACGGUGGGCAGAGUCCUGUCCCCCUCCCCCCAGGCCAGCGCUAACAGCACACAGGGCCGAAGCUGCUCCUGGUCCCUGGAGGCCCCCACGGGCCAGAGGCUCCACCUCCACCUGGAGAGGCUCGCACUGGGACCCACCGACAGGCUGGUACUAUGGAGCGGUCUAGAUGCAGGCUCUGUGGUUCUGUUUGAUUCGGGUCGGGGAGCCCCAAUCCCGUUUGAAGGGGUAAUCAGCGAGGGCCCGUCCGUCAGAGUCCAGUUCAUCACCGACCAGCCGAACCAUGCCACUGGCUUCAACAUCCGCUAUGAGGCAUUUGAGAAGGGGCACUGCUACGAGCCUUACCUGCAGAAUGGGAACUUCAGCUCCUCAGACCCUGGGUAUGGUGUUGGGACAGUGGUGCAGUUCAGCUGUGACCCGGGACACUCCCUGGAGCAGGGUCCCCCCAUCAUUGAGUGCAUCAAUGCCAGGGACCCCUACUGGAACGAUACUGAGCCUCUUUGUAAAGCGCUGUGUGGGGGGGACUUGUCCGGUCCCAGUGGGGUCAUCCUGUCCCCGAACUGGCCUGAGUGGUACGGGGAAGGGGAGGACUGCAGCUGGAGGAUCCACGCCGGUGAAGACAAGCGCGUCCUGCUGGACGUACAGCUGCUGAAUCUAAGUGACAGCGACAUGCUGACCAUCCUGGAUGGGGAUGAGGUCACCACCCGUAUCCUGGGCCAGUAUGUAGGGGGCACCAGUCCUUUUAAGCUGUCGUCUUCCACCCCGGACCUCACCAUCACCUUCCACUCCGACCCAGCCGGGCUGGUCUUUGGCAAGGGAGAGGGCUUCAUCAUCAACUACAUGGAGGUGUCCCGGAACGACUCAUGCUCAGACCUGCCUGAGAUCCAGAAUGGGUGGAAGACCACGUCCCACACUGCCCUGGUCCGCGGGGCCCGAAUCACCUACCAGUGUGACCCUGGAUACGAUCUGGUCGGCAGGGAGACACUGACCUGCCAGCUGGACCUCAGCUGGAGCACCCAGCCCCCCUUCUGUGAGAAGAUCAUGUACUGCUCGGACCCAGGUCACGUGGAGCACUCUACCCGAUCUCUCUCAGACCCCAAGCUGCUGGUGGGGACCACCAUCCAGUACAGCUGCAAUCCCGGCUUCGUCCUGCAGGGCAGCGCCAUACUCACCUGCUACGGCCGCGAGCCCGGAACCCCAGUGUGGACCUCCCGCCUGCCCCACUGCGUCUCUGAGGACUCUGUGUCCUGUGAGAACCCUGGCUUGCCAGAGAAUGGCUACCAGAUCCUGUACAAGAGGCUGUACCUGCCCGGCGAGUCGCUCACCUUCAUGUGCUACCAGGGCUACGAGCUCAUCGGGGAGAUUGCCAUCAAGUGCAUCCUGGGAAACCCAUCCUUCUGGAGCGGGCCACUGCCACUCUGCCGGGCCAACCACGACUGCUUCGGCAAUCAUGCAUUGGAGGUGGCAGAGGCCGCAGCAGACUCCUCUCUGGAUGGAGGGAACAUGGCUCUGGCCAUAUUCAUCCUGGUGCUCCUGCUGUCUGUCCUGUUAGGGGGAGCUUACGUCUACGUCACAAGGUGUCGCUAUCACUCCAACCUGCGGCUGCCCCUGAUGUACCCCCAUCCUUACAGCCAGAUCACUGUGGAAACUGAGUUUGACAACCCCCUCUACGAGACUGGGGGGGACACAAGGGAAUACGAGGUGUCAAUAUGAGGAAUCCCUUCACCCCUAAGGGAAUGAACCCUGACCCAGCCCCCAAACCCUCACAAAAAAGGAUUCUAUGUAAAUAUCCUGUCAAAUACCCCUCCCUCCAAAUGCCCCCAAUGCCCCCCAAAAUCCCCACCCACCCCAUACACCUCACUCUAACCCCACUCAUGAAUCUGCCCGCCAUGCACACGACAGCUGCAGCUACCGCAGGGCUCAUGGAGCUGGGGUCCGAAGAGAGAAAGAGACACGACUGCGUGGAGGAAAAGAGGAGGGGCUACGCGCAUCUACACUGGGAGGGGUGGGACAGGAGGGGGCAGGUGGAGGAAGGAGAUGAAGAUAGAUAGGAGUGGACUGAUUCAAAAUAAAGAGAGGAGAGCAGUCCACAGGAAAACAGAGGGCGAUAAGCAAAGUGCCCCAACAGAGCGUUCCAAACUCAGUUCUUAAUCUACAGGUACCGCCCGUCCCAUAGACUGAUAGAGAAAGAGAGUUAACACUGAGACAGAGGAAUAUGUCGAUGCAGCGGCCACACGCUCAGCACCAGCGCAAACAGCAAGAGUGCUGACAAAAGCAACCGCCGCAUGUCGCAAGUCUGUCUGAUGGAGAAAUCCCUGAGUCUGGGAUUUACAGAGUAGGGGGAACUGGCAUUACCUGAGUGUCUAACGGUGACAGGCACACAGGCAGCCAGAAAAAAAAAGUUGUUUAUCUGUGUGCCCCCCCCCUCCACCCCACCCCACCCUCCCUGCCUGCUCUCAUUUUUACAGCUUUGUACUUGGACCGUUUUAGUACAGGUUAUAUUGUAGUAUCUGAUUCCCCUUUCCCCCCUCCCCAUGCAACUGAAAAAAAACGAAAAAAAAAAAACAGAUGAAGUAUUUAUUUUGAUGUAUGUGUGAUGUUUUAUGCCAAGUAAUGUACAUUUUCAUUUAAAACAAGAAAAACUUCUGUUGAAAAUUCCAGCAAAAUCCAGCUGAGAUUCUAAAAUGGUUUAAAAUGGUUUAAGCUGUGAUUUAGACACUUCUUGCUGGUCAUAGCUGAUCUGUGCCUGGUCAAAGCUGGUUAAGCUGAUAAAGUAAGUUGGUGAUCAAACUGGUGGACUAGCUGACUACAUAGCUGGUCGACCAGCUAAAGGUGUAGAAAAACACAUUCUAAACCAAUUUGACCAGUUUAGGCUGGUGUAAAAUGUAAUUUUCAGCAGGGACAUGUUACAGAUUUCCCUAAAUAAAUGGUAAAACAAAAUAAAAAAUAAAUCUUUUUAAAAACA